AUGUCCGCUUUAUCAGGAAUCACCGUCUCUGCUCAUCUCGCCGCCGUCUUCGCUGAAGCCGUGCAAUCCAAUUCAACUCGUUUUAUCAAAGUAACGAUACAUAAUGAAUCCCUUGUCCACGACCUUUCAAUCCCCGUCAGCGACACAUUAGAGCACGACUUGGAUCAACUGCAACCUGAAGACGUCUUGCAGGCAGACUUCCCUGCAUAUGUUCUAGCUAAGCUGGACCCUCCAUCACCAGACUGGCUUAUCAUCAGUUAUGUUCCCGACACAGCCCAAGUUCGCAGCAAGAUGCUUUAUGCCUCAACAAGAUUGCUGCUACUGAAAUCCCUGGGGUCAACGCUAUUCACCGAUUCUAUAUUUGCGACAUCGAAAGACGAUCUCACCUCUGAGGCAUACGCGUCUCAUAAGCUGCAUGCUACUGCGCCGCACCCCCUCUCAGUCCGAGAGCAGGAGCUUGCUGAUCUCCGCACCGCUGAAAAUAAAUCAGCCUCUUAUGAAGGCAGCAGAACAAGAGCCAGCCAUGUUGGAACCAGCGUUGGCCUGAAUUGGUCCGAGGAAGUUGAGGACGCAGUGGUUGAGUUGAGCAGGGGCGAUGGGGACUCUCUUGUCAUACUCAGCAUUGAUCCCGCGACUGAAACGCUCACAUUGCACUCAGCUACGGAGACGAGUGUCACUGCCUUGGGUGCCUCACUUCCCUCUUCAGAGCCCUGCUAUGCCUUCUUCGCAUGGAAUCACUCUUUUGAGUCAAACGCUCUUCGAGAAAUCGUCUUCAUAUAUUCGUGUCCUUCCUCGUCGCCUAUCAAGCACCGUAUGCUCUAUUCUUCAGGUUCAACAUCGACAUAUCAAGCGGCCAAAGACAUCUUGGCAACCUCUCCCUCGACAGCCAACCUCGCCUCUCGCAAAGUUGAGACUUCUGACCCAAAUGAGUUGGACGAAGCUCUGCUGAAGCUUGAAAUGGGGUAUACAAAUGAGGAGGCCAGCACAUCUGCCACGGGUUUUCAUCCCAAAGGAUUUGCCAGGCCUAAGGGACCUCCCAGGCGGCGAUAA